UUUGAUCAACUUUUGAAAGAUGCCUGUUUUAAGGAGCAUCAAUAUGCCCGUUGGAUGGCCGCUUGUCGUCUUGCUUCCAGAGGCAAAUCAAUGGCUGAUGCGUCCUACCAACCUGAGGUUGACUCGAUCAAGAAACUCCUCCAGAUGCAGUCCGGAGUGAGUACCGGAUCACAAAAUGGAUUGAACAAGAAGAAAUCGCCAGCUGUUCAAUUGCCACCAGAUUUCAACGUUGAUGAAUUUGUUUCACAGCGAUACAUUCGUCGAGCACGAUCGAAACAGAGUUUACAACAACGCAUUUCUGAUGCGCAUUCGAAUGUCAAGAAUCUAUCUUGCACAGAAGCGAAAUUGCAGUAUAUCAGAGCCUGGGAAGCGCUGCCUGAACAUGGAACACACUAUUUUGUUGUUCGAUUCAGGGGUGGUCGGAAGCCAGAGUUAAUCGGUGUGGCAUUCAAU